AAUUAUUUACUUGGUUUUUAGGCUAAUGAAGUCUGGAAUUAAUCCAUUUGAUUCUCAAGAAGCUAAACCCUACAAAAACGAUCCUGAAAUAUUAGCUAUGACCAACCUUGUUAAUGCUUACCAAACAAAUGAUAUAAAUGAAUUUGAAUUAAUUUUGAAACAGAACCGACAAAAUAUUAUGGAUGAUCUUUUCAUUCGUGAACAUAUUGAAGAUUUGCUUAGAAACAUAAGAACACAAGUUCUUAUAAAACUCAUUAAACCUUAUACAAGAAUACAAAUACCUCACAUUUCAAAAGAACUUAAUAUUGAUGUGACUGAAGUAGAAAGUUUACUGGUAUCCUGUAUACUAGACAAUACAAUUCGAGGUAGAAUAGACCAGGUGAAUCAGGUACUUCUACUAGAUAGAAAAAGUGUCAGUUCUUCACAUUAUAAUGCCUUGGAUAAGUGGACAAACCAGUUGAGCUCUCUGCAUGUGUCUAUUGCAUACAGAAUGGCUUAAUUUUUGGAGUACCUACUCAGCUCAACGCCAUAUUCUUUAUAUUAUUUACAACAGCUUUACCAAUCCAUUUUUUCUCCUUAUUAAUUACAUAUUGUGUAUUAUAA